GGACUAAUUUGCAAUCAGUUCUUUUUCCGGGAUACAAUUUGUGCAUGUUCGUAAAAUUAUUGCGUAAGGCAAAAUUAUGACUGAAAACAAAAGCUUUGGUGGAUUUUUUGGAUCCUCUGAUCCAGAUUUAAACAUUCCAGUAAAGGGGACAGCAGGACUCUCUCCAUACAUGAAUUUAGACCCAACGCUCAUUUCGGAUAAUGAAAAUUACAUCUUGUCUGAGGGAGCAGGAGGUCAUCACAGAGGAAAGUUUGAGAAGGCUUUCUCACAGAUUGGUGGAUGUGUGUUUGUAGGAGGUGCACUGGGAGGAGCUAAUGGUAUUUACACAGGUCUGAAAGAAACUAAGGGAUUACAGGGAUCUGUAAAACGAACACAAAUGUUGAAUUUCAUUGCAAAACAGGGAGCAUCCUCGGCACAAGCAUUUGGGACAGUCGCAUUCAUGUACAGUGCAAUAGACACAAGUUUAUCACUGUUAGGAAGCCCAGAUGAAGAUCUGAACACAGUAAUAUCUGGUACCGCUACCGGGCUUUUAUAUAAAUCUACAGCGGGAUUAAAAGGUUUACGAGUGGGAGGAGCUGUGGGACUUGGUCUAUCAUUAGCUUACUGCUGUAUGACAAGUCCUCGAAUAUGGUCAAAUUAUUGAACAGUAUACAUGUGAACAAUGUUAUAAAUUACACACUUGGGAAUCUGUGAUAAUGCAACAGUGACUUUGAUUAGUUUGACACCAUCAACCUAAGGGCAAAACAAUUUUAUUUUCGAUAGUGAUCAUGAAGAACAUAUUAGUUAUCAUGCAGAAUGAUGUGGAGUUGCUGUUUCUGUUGCCAAAAGAAGAAUUUUAGAACGUAUAUACCAAUAUUCACCAGUUCUUCAGAAUUAAAUGGCUAUCUUGAUGUAGCAGAUAAGGUGCUGAUGGCUCACUGAGGUGAUUAAGGGUUUGAGCUUGGAUGACUACCAAUCGAACGCCAAUCCCAGAGUUAGCCAUAAGUUUUUUUCUCCAGGAAUAGGCCUGGUGAAUGAUUUUUCAAGCUACAUGCUGUCAGUGUAGUGGAGCUUAAAUGUAUAUGAAGUUUUAUUAUGUACACUAUUAUUAGAAAAUCUAGUGUGAAAGGUUUGUUUUGAUGAAGUCUAUGUUACUACAAUAUAUAUAUCAUAUAGAUCAUGUGUUACAUGUAUUUGUACUUCAUAAUUAUGUUAUGACUGUUUGUAAUGAUGGAACUUAGAGAGUAUUGUUGUGUGCAUAUAGGCAGCUGACAUACAUUGUUUUCUUAGUUGACAGAAAAUGUCUUUAAUGAGUACCCGGAUCAUGCAGAGAUGUCUGGAUUAUUCUUCUGAUUAAUACGGAUAUUGAUGCAUGGUGUUGUUACAAGAAGUUUGAACUACUGAUUGUCCCCAGGGUUAAAAAACAAAAAUUAGUCACAUGUGGGAGUUGACCAGUUACCUCAUAUGCAUGUGUUCAGGGAGAAGAAUUUUGUUCACUUGGUUAGACAGAGUGAGUGCAGAUCUAAGGGGUACAUUGUUGUGAGUUUGGUCCCUUGGCAAGGCAUAAUUUAUUAUGUUUUCUGUGACGAUUUGAUAGAGGACAUUGUGUCAAGGUCAUGUGUUCAAUACUCGGGCAAGGCUUGUGUUCUCCAUGGUGAAUUGAUAAAAGACAUUGUGUCAGAAAUCAUUCGUCCUUAACCUUCGAUUCAUAUGGAGAAAUUGGCAGUAACUUGCGGAGAACAGGUUGUUACAGGUUCAGAAUUCAGUAAUAUUGGGAUAUGUUAACUGCCACUGUUAGACAGCUGACUUUGGAAAAAUUGCACUACACACAAAACUAUCAAAUGUGGUGGAAGCGAUUCUGGUUUAAGAGUGAAUAUGGCGAUUAUGAAGUCUGAUAACUAUAUAACUAGUUGUACAAAAGCUAAUGUUUGUAUUCAAAGUGUACAUUUAGUUCAAUUAAUAUUUCAUCCUUUUAAUUUAUAAAAAUGGUGUAAAACACGAUCGUAUCCAUACAACCGUCGAAUCUUUGCAUAUUUUUAAUACUGUAUUUUAUAAAGCUUUUGCAAGCUUCUUUAAAAUUAACUAAUGGAAUUUGUACUGAAUUCCUGGUAAAGGUUAAUUGUAUUUCACAUUUUUGUUGAAAGUUAAUUUGAAAUUGAUACAAGACAACUGACAUAAAAGAACUUUGAAUGUGUGGUAGAGAUGUAUUUUGCAAACAUGUAAAGAGGACAUGGAAUAUAGAAGUACAAGGAAUAUAUUAAUUUUCCUAUGGCACUAUAUUUGUUUUAUCCUUCUAUUACUGAUGUGAAAUGUUUUAUUAGAUACUUGCAACUAUUUCUUUAACUGGAAUUGUGAGUUUUUAAAAUAAAUUAUUAACAGGA